GCUCCCACAUUUCAGCAGGUGCCUGAGCUGGAGCUCCCACCACCGACGCCGCCCGUGCCUCCGGCUCCUCCGCGCCCUUGCCCUCGGCUCUCCGCCCCACUCGCCCGCUCCCCCUGGCGGAGCCGGCGCGCCCCGGGGUGCCGCUCCCUGUCCUGCGCGCUCCGCUUCCGGAGGUGCCUCGCCCCUCUCCUUCCCACCUCGGAAUCUCCCGCCGGCUCUUUUGCUCUUCCGAGCUUUCGGCUCCUUGCCUUUCCACCUGUUUCCCGAGAAAGGCAGGAUCCUGGUCCCUGCUACGUUACUGGGGCCAUGGCAGGCCUGGGCCCCGGCGGAGGCGAUUCAGAGGGGGGACCCCGGCCCCUGUUUUGCAGAAAGGGGGCUCUGAGGCAGAAGGUGGUCCACGAAGUCAAGAGCCACAAGUUCACCGCUCGCUUCUUCAAGCAGCCAACCUUCUGCAGCCACUGCACUGACUUCAUAUGGGGGAUUGGAAAACAGGGCCUGCAAUGUCAAGUCUGCAGCUUUGUGGUUCAUCGACGAUGCCACGAAUUUGUGACCUUCGAGUGUCCAGGCGCUGGGAAGGGCCCCCAGACAGACGAUCCCCGGAACAAGCACAAGUUCCGUCUGCACAGCUACAGCAGCCCCACCUUCUGCGACCACUGUGGCUCCCUCCUUUACGGGCUGGUGCACCAGGGCAUGAAGUGCUCCUGCUGCGAGAUGAACGUGCACCGGCGCUGUGUGCGCAGCGUGCCCUCUCUGUGCGGUGUGGACCACACGGAGCGCCGCGGCCGCCUGCAGCUGGAAAUCCGAGCUCCCACUUCGGAUGAGAUCCACGUCACGGUUGGCGAGGCCCGUAACCUCAUCCCAAUGGACCCCAAUGGUCUGUCUGAUCCCUAUGUGAAACUGAAGCUCAUCCCAGAUCCUCGGAAUUUGACAAAACAGAAGACCCGGACGGUGAAAGCCACGCUAAACCCUGUGUGGAACGAGACCUUUGUGUUCAACCUGAAGCCGGGGGACGUGGAGCGCCGGCUCAGCGUGGAGGUGUGGGACUGGGACCGGACUUCCCGUAACGACUUCAUGGGUGCCAUGUCCUUUGGCGUCUCGGAGCUGCUCAAGGUUCCCGUGGACGGCUGGUACAAGUUACUGAACCAGGAGGAGGGCGAAUAUUACAAUGUGCCAGUGGCUGAUGCUGACAACUGCAGCCUCCUCCAGAAGUUUGAGGCCUGUAACUACCCCCUGGAACUGUACGAGAGGGUGCGGAUGGGUCCUUCUUCCUCUCCCAUCCCCUCCCCAUCUCCUAGUCCCACUGACUCCAAGCGUUGUUUCUUCGGGGCAAGCCCUGGACGUCUGCACAUCUCUGACUUCAGCUUCCUCAUGGUUCUAGGAAAAGGCAGUUUUGGGAAGGUGAUGCUGGCCGAGCGCAGGGGCUCCGAUGAGCUCUAUGCCAUCAAGAUCCUGAAGAAAGACGUGAUUGUCCAGGAUGACGACGUGGACUGCACCCUGGUGGAGAAACGCGUGUUAGCCCUGGGGGGUCGAGGCCCCGGAGGCCGGCCCCACUUUCUCACCCAGCUUCACUCCACUUUCCAGACCCCGGAUCGCCUGUAUUUUGUGAUGGAGUAUGUCACUGGGGGCGACUUGAUGUACCACAUUCAGCAGCUGGGCAAGUUUAAGGAGCCCCAUGCAGCGUUCUACGCAGCAGAAAUCGCCAUCGGCCUCUUCUUCCUUCACAAUCAGGGCAUCAUCUAUCGGGACCUGAAACUGGACAACGUGAUGCUGGAUGCUGAAGGACACAUCAAAAUCACUGACUUUGGCAUGUGUAAGGAGAACGUCUUCCCCGGGACCACAACUCGCACCUUCUGUGGGACCCCAGACUACAUAGCCCCCGAGAUCAUUGCCUACCAGCCCUAUGGGAAGUCUGUCGACUGGUGGUCCUUUGGGGUCCUGCUGUAUGAGAUGCUGGCGGGGCAGCCCCCAUUUGAUGGGGAAGACGAGGAGGAACUGUUCCAGUCCAUCAUGGAACAAACUGUCACCUACCCCAAGUCGCUUUCCCGGGAAGCUGUGGCCAUCUGCAAGGGGUUCCUAACCAAGCACCCAGCAAAGCGCCUGGGCUCGGGGCCAGAUGGAGAACCCACCAUCCGAGCUCAUGGCUUUUUCCGUUGGAUCGACUGGGAACGGCUGGAACGAUUAGAGAUCGCGCCUCCUUUCAGACCCCGCCCGUGUGGCCGCAGCGGCGAGAACUUCGACAAGUUCUUCACGCGGGCGGCGCCAGCGUUGACUCCCCCAGACCGCCUAGUUCUGGCCAGCAUCGACCAAACCGAAUUCCAAGGCUUCACCUAUGUCAACCCGGAUUUCGUGCACCCGGAUGCCCGCAGCCCCAUCAGCCCAGCACCUGUGCCAGUCAUGUAAUCUCACCUGCCGCCACUAGGUGUCCCCAUGGCUCCCUCCGCCGCGCCAGCCUUACCCCUACCUCACGCGCCCCCGUACUUCACCACCCCCUCUCCAAUUCUAGAUCUUGCUCCCCAACGUUCUGGCCUCUGCCCUCCCCCUCCCUGCCCCGGGUUCCAGAUGCCCCUCCCAAGCGUUCCUGGCAUUCUAAACUGCAUACAAUCUCUGGAGUCUUACCGUGUUCUAGAUUCUGCUGGGCUGAGCCCUAGAUUCUGACCUGCCUCAGUGUUCUGGAUUCCGCUCCACCAAGUUACAGAGCCACCAACACCAUCCCAACUCCAAGGAGUUCUAGACUCCAUCUUGGUAGAAUCUAUGCCUCUUCUUCUUCUUCUUUCUUAUUUCUGGGAAAUAGCGUCACAGGGCGGGCUGUUUCAGACUGGGAUUUCAGGACAACCCCCCCCCCCCCGAGGCCCCACCUACCUCCACUCCAUUCUGGAGUAAGUGGGAAGCUGUGCCUCUGUGCUCCAGUGCCCCUCUUCUACGCUCUGGGGAUUCCUGGGAUGUAUGGAGGAUUCUCUCCCCAGCUGUUCUCAGUCAGCUUUUGUCCUAGACUCCCCAUCCUAAACCCACCACUGCAUGGCUUCUCCAGUCCUGCUUGGAACCCAACCCCUACCCCAGUGCCUGCCACUCUCGGGGUCUCUCCCCACCCCCAAUCCUCUGCCUCUCCCACCCUGCCACAGCUGCUGGAGAAUAAAUUUGGGAUGCUGAUGCUGAA